CUCCCACAUGACAAAAAUCUAGUUGGAGUGGUUGGACUGGAGAGUAUUCCCUUUCUUCUUCCUCUUCUUAGCCACUCUGCCUUAAGUUUCUUCGAUCAGUUGAUCCACUUUGGGAAUUGGGCAACUCUGCAGUUUCUUCUCUUAUCCUAAGUGAAGGUUUUUGAGCUUUGAUAUAUAUAUAUAUAUAUACACACACAUAUCUCGGGUAUCGGUCAGGUGUUCUCGGGGACGGUCUUAUUCGGACCUUGAAAAAUGGGGAAGAUGAUGGGUUUCGCGAAGAUAUUGGAGUGCUUCAGUGUGUGCUCAUCGAGGUCGAGCUCUUGUUUCUGCGGGAACUCCGUCGACGAAGAAGAUAUUGAGAAGCUUCCACUGAUGGAGAUUGACAGCAAUGGAGGAAGAAAGAAGAGACUGAGAGUAAAUGAUGUUGUUGAGAAGCAGACACUGGCUUUCCCGCUAAAGCCCAAGAUGGUGAUGCUGAGGGUGUCCAUGCACUGCCACGGCUGUGCGAGAAAAGUCGAGAAACACAUCUCCAAGAUGGAUGGGGUGUCUUCAUACAAAGUAGACCUGGAGAGCAAGAUGGUGGUGGUGAUUGGGGAUAUAAUCCCUUUUGAGGUGCUUGAGAGCGUCUCAAAGGUCAAAAAUGCUGAGCUCUGGACUUCCGCAAAAGCUGAAGAGACCUGAAUUUCUUAAUAGGGACAUAUAAUUUAAACAAUUUUUUUAAUUAACUUUUAUAUAAAAUUCACACACACACACACACACACAUAUAUAUAUAUAUAUGUUAUGAUACAAAAUUAUAGGCUCCCCCAUGUGUAAUCCUUCUCCUUGUGCAGAAAGAGAAUUAUGCACAUGCUGAAGGAAAUCUUCUAGCUACUGUUUUUGCAAUGGUUGGCUGUGUCUGUCAAUGAAUGUGCCUGCUAGCUAUAUAUGUACGUAUCACAUGGAUGCAAUACUAUUUGGCAGUGAAGUAAUAAUUUAUUA